CCAAAGUGUAUAAGAGUAAGUGCAGCUCCCCGAUCCUCCGUCCCUACACUGAGUGAAUAUGUGAAGCAUCAAGUAUUUCUCUUGACCAGAACGCCAUUCCCCUCCGCCACUAUUCAAUAUGGGAAAUAACUCUAGUAGUGAACUGUCAGCCGACAAAGUAGCCACUCAGGUUAGACACCAUUACUACUAUGGUGUUGGAGCCCCCAACUCAUUUAUUAGGAAGGUGAAAACGGGUCAUGACCUUGAAGCAGGAGUAGAAGAAGAAGUAGCAGGAGAUGCAACAACUCCCACUGGCAGCCCACAGCAGUGCAACCCCCAACCAACUUUGCCACCACCCACUACUGAAGGAAAUAAGCAAACCGGUGAAGAUUGCCACGUCAUUAAAGAAGAUGUCCAAGCCUCUAGCCGCCAUGAUGAACCAUCCUCACCACCCUCCGAUCCAGAUCCCUUCGCUGAAGACUUCCCAUUAGAUGAAGAUUUGAUGGGGAGUAAUAAUAAUGAAGCAUCACGCGUUGGUGGAGGUGGAGGAGCCAGAGGGGGAUCUCCACUCACGAGGGAAAGAACAGAGGGUAACAAGGUAGUGAGUACCAUUCAUUAUGCGGCUGCAGUAGGGUCACACAUUGACGUGGCAAUGAAGCUAAGUAGUAGCAUAGCCUGAUUACACGAAGAUGUGCUCAGUAACUUCCUUGAAAGAGGUAUUCGCUUGGCUAUGCUCUACUUGUGUGUUAUUAUCACCAGUGUGAGGAUGCUAGGUGACAUGAAUGAAAAAAGUACCUAUGUACCCCACCUACCCUCACUACGAUGGACUCGAUCUAUGACUCCCUGGUUUAUAGCUAAUAACUUGGAAGAGAGACUCAACCGUACUGAGGGUUCGGGUUGGUGUAUGACCUCGCUGGAUAGGGUUGAACUUCAUAUCACGCGGCUUGAGUUAGUGAAUAUUAAUAACUUCAAGGUGUAUCACAAGGGAGUCCGUGGUAGUGAUCAGGUUAUCAAUAUUCAGUCCGGGUACAACUGUGUCAUUACAGCGUUAGAAGUGUACGUUGUACUCAGGGAUAACCCUCCCACACGUAUUAACAACCUCCCUCGUGUCUUAAUGAGGAGGAUGGGGAGGGGACAAUUUAAUAUCAAACACUCGCCAGAUAUGCUGUUGACUCAUGACUCUUUCAAAACAUAAGAAAAGGGGAAUAACUUCAACAUAUAUCUGUAUAAAUUAUGUGAAUUAGUCAUGGGGAAACUGCUAAAAAACAUUGGACAGUACAUCUGGCGAGGAAAGGUGGUAACCCCCAAAGCCCUCAUUUGGUCACGUUGUUAUUAAUCACUGACGACCACGAUUAAGGAUAUGUUGGCGUUCAUGAAGUAGUUCCAACACGGAUUCAAGCAGGGGCGGGGGAUUGAGCACGCAGGUGGUAUGUGUUACAAUUGUUUGACUGUUUAAUAGUCCCACCAUCUGCGAGGCACACACUCAGGCCUGUACUGCUCGAACCACUGUCGAAUACCCAGAACCUAGCCAAUUUAAACAGUUUACUAAAGUUAAAGCUCUGCAGCCAAUCUCGCACAUAACUUUCCUGGAUUUUGAGGCAUAUAAUAUUCAACCGAAGACCGGAGAAACGAUUCGAGAUUAGUAUCUCGGCAGAAAGCUUUUGCUUACUGCUAUGUGAUCGUUGACGGUAGAAUGGGAGAAUAUUUGUACCCAUAGACUAAGUCACGGAGAGAAAUGAUUUGAUGAUUGUUUGCAGAACAUGAACCGGGACUGGGUGUUAUUGCGUGAGAGAAUGCGUGCGUAUCCUUUACAUAUGACUCCUGAAUCCACCCGUAAGUUUGAAGCGAGCACUCAUUGCGAAGGAUGUAACGUCGAAUUCAAGGCUGGAGUCAUGAAAAUGCGACAUCACGCUCAUUUUGUGGCACGGGACAACUUUGUGUGUGCACUGUGUCAACAGUGUAAUUUGAAUAUGCAAUUUAAGGACCCAACUUUAACAGUGUUCGUACACAAUUUGUCAUACGACAUCGCCCUAGUCUUGAAAGAGGCGGGGGCUCAGCAUGAUUUUGAAAUUCUGAAACGCGAGGGUAGUAAAUUUUACUCAGCCAGAUCAGGCAAUCUGAGAUUCGUGGAUAGCAACAACGUGAUUAGAGGGACCCUUUCCAGUCUUGCCUCGAGUCAUAUCAAACAGAAAGGUUCCCUUGAAAUUGCAUGUCAGUUGUUAACCCAGUAUUCUCAGGAUUGUCUCGAUUUAGUUUUGGGUAUGGGUAAACAGUACUACCCUUAUGAUUAUGUGACGGGUUUCAAUAUCCUGCGAAAGCCCAGCAUCCCUUCUUGAGAGUGUUUCGAUUUGGAACUUACGGGGGAAACCCUUUCCAGCGAGGGCUAUGCACACAUGGUUAAGGUUUGGAACACCGCUAAUUGCACCAGUCUUCUAGAUUACACCAUUUUGUAUUUGUUAAUGGAUGUGGGAUUAUUAGCCGACGUUUAUUUAGCUUGGAGGAAGGCUGCCAUCGCGCAAUUCGGACUAGACCCCGCCUGUUACCUGACUUCUACCUCUCUCUCACUCGAUGAUCUCCUAUAUUCCUCUAAAAUUUGUCUCCCCCUCAUUUCGAAUGGUGAACUCUAUCAAUUAAUUUGUAAAAACAUCUGCGGUGGUUUUUGUAGUCUGGUUCGAAGGCAAUGUGUAGCUAAUAAUCCAGAGUUAAAUCCCAGUUUUAGGGUGGGUGAUCCUCAAUCGUAUAUAUUAUACGUUGAUUUCACCAGUUUGUAUCCCACAGUUAUGAGUAAAUACAAAAUGCCCUUGGGUGAAAUAACUGAACUUUCCCCUGCCGAAUUAGAAAGUUUUGUCGCUAGCAAUAUUACCGCUAUUGAUUCACAGGGUGAAUACGGUUAUUUCAUCCUGCUCGACACCAAACCAGUUAGACGGGAUGUUGCUCUACAGAUGAACGAUCUCCCUCUCGCCAUUCAUCACAUGAAUGUGAAUCACCAAGAUCUAUCGCCCUAUAGUAAAAACCUAAUGAAUAAGUUCAAGGUGAAGCUACCCAAGAAAAAUGUUAAGCUGACGGGUACGUAUUUACACAUGCGUAAUCACUUGAUCUGUCUUCCCUUAUUACAAACGUUGAUAAGACUCAGUCUCAAAGUUGAUGUAAUAAGGAAAGUACAAAUUCAAACAAGAUUUUUAUUUGUGGGAAUAUCUUCUGGAGAAUGCCAAAAGGCGUGCUAAAGAGACCGAUCCGGACAAGAGGAACACCAUCAAAAUCAUAAUGAAUGGUCUUUUCGGUGUCACUAUAAAAAAUUCAUUGAAUUAUUCUACCAAAACUGUCGUCACCACCAGUGAAGCCUCUCUCCUCAGGAAUGUGUCCAAACACACGUACAAGUCUUUGGAAAAACUGGGUAACGACAGGUACAUUGUGAACCAUUGCAAAGAGUCUGUUAUGGCUGAAUCCCUGAUUUAUAUCUGUUUCAGUAUACUAGACAUGGCAAAGGAUAUGAUGUAUCGGUUCUAUUACGACGUUCUUCGAAAGCAGUAUGGACAUAGAGUUCAGCUCCUUUAUACCGACAUUGACAGCUUCAUCUUUUCCCUGGUGACUGAUAACCUCAAUCGAGAACUGAAGGGUGUGCUCAAACCCUACAUGGAUUUGAGUAAUAUCCCCAAAACUCACGAAUUAUAUGAUGAGUCAUGUAAGGGGGAACUCGGGUUGGUCAAGGUUGAAAUGGGGGCUGAACUCAUGAGGGAAUUUAUCGGUGUUAAACCUAAAGUUUAUUCGUAUCUGACGGAAACUAGUCGUAGUAACACCUUGAAAGGUGUACAAAGGUGCCGGCAAAAAUCCAUUCCACAUGACCAGCAUCGAGCUGUAAUCGAAAAGAAUGAGAUUACUUAUACUCGUGUGCACAAUUUGCAAAGAGUAGGAGGCACGAUGUGUUAUACGAGCCAGCGAAAGGUAUCUCUCUGUCCUUUAGAGGACAAGAGAUAUUAUGUGACACCUUAUAAAUCAUUGGCGUAUGCACAUCCAGA